AUGAAUCCAACGUUCAAUGUAUUAUUAGCACCAAGAACAAACCCAACAUCCAAUAUAUUAGUGGGCACCAAGAAUGAAUUCAACGUCCAAUAUAUUAUGGGCACCAAGAAUGAAUCCAAGUCCAAUGUAUUAUUACCAAGAAUGAAUCCAAUGUUCAAUGUAUUAUUAGCACCAAAAACAAACUCAACGUCCAAUAUAUUAGUGGAAACCAAGAAUAAAUCCAAUGUCCAAUAUAUUAGUGGGCAACAAGAAUCCAACGUCCAAUAUAUUA